CUGAUUAGUUCAGUGUUAAAUAAGGAAAACACACGUCAAGAAGGCAAUUUGUUGAACUGCGUAUCACCUGGUUUAAGUUGGAUUCGUCAUUGUUCCGUCCAAGCGCAGAUAUGACAGGAUGUCGAGUUACAAAAGAUUAUUUGAUGAAAAGAACAAUCAGAACUGGUUAAAAGUGUCUUUAGGUAUUAGCCUUACAAAAACGGCUCUUGAACCAUUCGUCGCCAAUGUCAUUGAGCAGUUUCAGAACGAUGGAUAUAAAUCAAUACUGCAGAAAAAAUGUCUCUUGCCUGGCGUUUCCUGUCGUUUGUGUUCAACCCAGAAUGUCAUCCAAUGCCCAACACAAGGCAUUUGCAAGUAUCUACGAAAUCGCACCUGCAAGUUUCAUCAAAACCAUACCUACAGGCAGUGUCCUAGCAAAAUUUGUAAUGAUUUCCGAGAGUGGAUACAGAUCCACCACCGUUUUGGAGGACCGUCCUGGAGAAACAGUGACGCUGGUAGAUGGAGCACUGAUUGGUGGGAGAUCGCCAAGUGCUACCUCCCGCCAGACGGGUACUUUGGUGUCCAUACGGUGGAAAUGUCGGACUUCAAUGGCCUCAUCAGCGUUAUCAUGAACUGCAAAUAUUUCCAAAACUACUUUACAGACAAUCUCGCCGCGGACUCAAAUGUUUGCACUAAGGUUAGAGAAAUCGGCCGAAAACUGAGGCAUGCUCCUGGUCUUCUGGUGACAGACGAAGAUUGGAAAAGCUGCUCGGAUGCUUUGAAAGAUUUACUUCAAGACCCAAAGUAUAUGAAAGGGGACAAUCAUACAAAAGAUGCCGUAGAUCAAUUAAACAAGUUGGAACAAGAUACACUGAAAGUGUCUGACGAAGAGGUACUGAAAGUACUGCAAGAUUCAGCGGAGACUCUGAAAAGACUGAUUGAAGAUAGUAACAUAAUUAAAGAAAAGGUUGAAGACCUUAAAUCGCUUGAACAUUACAUUGAAAACGUAAAGGGGUCUGUUCAAAAACAUGUUGCCCAACUCAGCGCCUGUGAGAAAACACACUCAGAUUUGAUUAAUGACAUGAAAGAAGACUUGGUCAUUUUCUAUAAACAGAAUUGCAGUCGUUUACCAUUUGGCCUGCAUGCAACCAAUACAAUUUCGCUCGUUGACAUAUUCGUGCCACCGAGUCUGGUCAAAAUUCAACUUGAUACGGGCAAUGAAAUAGGUACAAAGAAAUCAAAAAUUAGACGGACAAAAAUUAAACGUUUUGACAAAAUAUUUGUACACAAUCAUAAGGUGGCGAGGCGAAUUUACAUAAAUGCAAAAGCAGGAGUUGGAAAGACACUGUUUUGCCAGUUUCUUGUUAUUUUGUGGUGUGCCUAUCAGACGAAUGACACAGACACCAUUGAACUCUUUGAAAGGAGUGGAUGUGAAGAGUAUUUAAAAACACUCGAUUAUCUGCGAAACAUUGAAUUUUUAUUCUUUGCUCAUUUGAAACAGUCCGAUGCUCGUUUGUGUGAAGUGGAUGACAUUCUUCAUCGUCAGCUGAUAAACCGCUUGUCCAGAUCGGAAACCUAUGGAAAAGGGUGUUUGCAAGAUGUAAUGCACAAACACAAAUGUCUGAUUAUUCUGGAUGGCCUGGAUGAGUGGAAUCACCCAGACAGGGACACGUUUGAGUGUUACGUGGAAUGCAAAGACAUUCCACAUGAGCGAACGAGAAUCAACUGUACCUUGCUCAUUACAUCUAGGCCGUGGAAAUUGGGUCAUAUUAGCUUGCAACACGACAACGAAAUCAGUAUUGAAAUAGAAACCAUGCAUUCAAUCCUUAUUGAAAAAUUAAUUGAAAAGGCACACGCAAGUUUAAAAAAAAUGUACUGCAAUGAUAUUGAAACGGAGCAGUUUUUCAAAGAAGUUGAAAACAAAAAAAUGACAAGUCUUCUCAAGGUGCCAUUACUUGCAAAUCAGAUGCUGUGUCUUUGGUGUGAAGGACGUGGAAUAGGUGAAUCCAAAUGUCAGGUGUAUUGUAACACUAUGGGAACCAUGUUUGGUAACACCAGCCAUAAAGACGAGGCAUUGUAUGAAAAUAUUUUGGAAACAGAAUAUUUUGAGUUACCGGUGUGUGUCACUAACAAUAAAUUCUGCUGCAAAUAUUCAAAAGCAAUUGUUAAACUUGGCGAGAUUGCUUUCAAUGCAAUAUUUUGCCCUACACAACACGAAAAAGGUGGGCAACUCUACUUGACUUCAGUGCAAAGCAUCUUGUCUGAUCAGGAAGAAAAGUUAGCACUCAGAAGCGGUUUGCUUUCAAGGUCAUCAACACCACGUGGCUUCGGAAAAGACCAAUACGAGUACAGCUUUCUCCACAAAACAUACCAAGAAUUUCUUGCAAGCAUUUACAUGGCUUCGUUAUUGCCAGGAUACAAGAAGUAUGGGCAUAUGAAGAAUAUGUUCUUAGAAGCCCAUGGGAAGUUAUCGUCUGAGGUUUUUGUUUUUCUUUGUGGAUUAAGUAAGUCACUAGCACACACAGCUUCACUAUAUCUUUCUGACAAUUAUACCAAACAUUUGGUUAGCAAACAUGAAAUUCAAGUCGGUGAUAUCAGAAGUAUACAGGAAGUGUUCAUAGCAGGUUUGCAGGAAGCAAACCGAAAUUGCAUUACUGAAUGUAGCUUAAAGCUUCGUCAUGUCAUUUUAAACGAAAUCAGCCCUUCCCAAUGCGAUGUAAACGUAUGCGAUCACAUAGACAGAAGUGACAUGGUAGCUAUGUGUUUGAUAUGUGACAAUGACUCAACAUCGGUAACCAUUGACGAUUGCACGAGCAUGAUACAGUCCUCCCAAAAGAGCUUGAGAUUUGUGCAUGUAGACGGAGAGAAAACCGAAAACCUGAUGCUAAGCACCGUAAAUCUGGAGGAUUGUUGGCAUAUUCACACUCUUGAUCUGAAAGAGGUUGCAUUGAAAGGAACUCUGGACCUUUCCAAAUGUCUAUCUUUGUCCUCAAUUGUUUUUGAAUUUGUUACCAUUGACGUCGUAGUAUUUCCUGCUACACAUAUUUAUUCCUGCAUACUUCUCUCAUCGUUCGCAUCGAUAGAUAACGAUAUGGCAAUGAAGGUUACAUUUUCAAAGGGGACUAAAUUUUCAAGGAGACUACAUUAUAUGUUUAUUGAAUAUGUGACGGUACUGGAUGAUUUAGACUUGAUUGAGUGCAGCAACCUAUCCGUACUGGGUUUAUGGAAUGUGAAUGUCGAGAAAAUCCUUUUACAGAAACAAAUGUUGAAGUUCUGCUGUCUUGGUGACCGCAUUGGACGGCAAAAUUCACAAUGGUCUAAGGUACUGUGUUCCAUUCAAGGAUCUAUCCGAUUGCGAGAACUACGCCUUGGCGAUAUUAAGAAGGACGAGAUUUCUUUGAUCCAAGACGUUAUUUUAUCCAUGAAAAAUCUGGAGAUAUUGUACCUCUAUAACUCCGACUUUGAAGCAUACAACAUAUGCAUUCCGGACAAAGUUAGAUGGCUUAUUUUGAGACGAAUGAGGCUAUCGUCAGUCAGUUUGAAAACACUUGUCGACGCUGUGAGUUCAUUUGAACAUGCCGUAAGUGUUGAGCUAGAAAUGUGCGAGAUCACACCAGUCAAUGACGCGAGUGCUGAAGAAGUUGUGAAAAUACUGAGAGAGAAGAACGAUGUCGAGAUCGCUACCUGUGAUUUGACCUGUGGGAUAGGAACAAAACGGUGCACGUCUUUAUCAAACGAUCUUAAGAUUUGUCGUGUCCAGUAUUCCUAUAACCUCCGAAAGUUGAUAUUUAAAUCAGGCCAUUCUCUUUCAAGUUAAAGUAAGACAAGAACAAUGAAUGUUCCAACUAUCAUCCUUUUUAGGAUGCAUGGUUUCGUGUGAAUGUUUUUGUGUCUGUAGUAUUGUGUAUGAAAAAUAAUGAUGAUGAAGCUUUAGCUUUAUCUUGUUGAUGGCAGGUACAUUUGUGACAUAUAAGAAGAAACUCGAUGAGUUCAAGAUCCCGUUUCAUUAAAGAAAUUGUCUUCGUGU